AUGCGAGUCGCCCAGCUUCUAGGCGCGCUUGGCGCUGCUUCUCUGGCUAUUGCGGCCUCAUCAGACGCCUCGACGUUACCUGGACUUCCAUCAGCAAAAUUGACGAGUCCGUCAACUGCCACCCCGAGCAGCAGCGACAGCAAUCUUUCUACGGGACUCAAUCCUACGUGGUCAGCGAAUUCAACCACUCCAUUCACAGCUACCUCACAAACUACUUCCCCCAACGCCACCACGUCACACUCUGCACAACUCACUGGGGGUGCCAUUCCACAACAAAUGCAGGCUUCCAUGGCUGGACUUCUGGGAUUCUGCAUCAUGGGCCUCGUCAUGUUAUAA